GAACAUUUCACACCAGAGUGCAAGUUCAAGGAGUGCGUGUUUGAGAACUACUACGUCACCUACUCGUCCAUCCUGUACAGACAGACCCAGUCGGGCCGAGCUUGGUACAUCGGCAUCAAUCGAGACGGGCAAGUCAUGAAAGGAAACCGUGUCAAGAAGACCAAGGGUGCUGCUCACUUCCUGCCCAAACUUAUCGAGGUGGCCAUGUACAGGGAACCCUCCCUGCAUGAUGUUGCUGAACAAAGUCCGCCCAGGAAAACACCUAAGACCUCCAGUGACUCACCAGUGCUCCAGAAUGGCAAGAAAGACGCUCAGUCCAAAACCAAAACCUCAUCCUCCUAG